AUGCUAAUAGAAUGUGAUUGUGAUCUGACUGGUACACACAUAGAAUCAAGUGGAAAAGUGGCAGUUUUCAGUGGAAGUAGAGGUGGUAUCGUUGGUGUCAAGGAACAUGCCAAUUUCCUUCUUGAACAACUUCCGCCGUUUACUAAAUGGGGAAUGGAGUACGCUUGCUCAUGUAAACCGUAUUGCAACAAGCACGGAGCCUUUAUACGGGUGAUGGCAAGGCAGAGCACGACCAUUCACAUCAGCGGGUACAUGAAAGUGAAAACUACGUCCACCAUUCCCUGGAUUCACCGGCGAAUUGAACAGGAUGACUCUGUGUACAUAACCGCAGACAACCCUGUUCUGGUGGUUAUGUUUCUGUUGAGUGACGACACACAUCCGUCAUCUAUGUUUUUGGUUCCACCUAUAGAAGGUCAGGCGAAUAGGAUGUUUUUCCAGUAUCCCACGGAAAACAUGAACAAGAUGGAAAUGACUGCAAUCUCAUCCGAUGUGAUGGAUUAUUCAGUAAACAAAGCCCCCGCCACCGUGCAGCAACACCUUCAUUUCCAAGGCUCACAACUGUUUGCAGGUCAGAUUAAGAUCCACGAUCAAAUUUCCCCCAAAGAGGUGAUUAUUGAGAAAAAUGAAGGCAGAUUUGGAGUUAUUGGAGUUUCGACAGGAUCUACAGCUGGCAAACCUUUACGAAUAGGGUUCUCGCUGGGCUCCUACCAUACUAUAGAUAGCCAGAAAGACCACCCGGCCUACCCUGGGGAUGGCGGGGACAAUGACGACGAUGGUUUAAUAGAUGAGGAUGAUUGUUCAGCCGACAAUAAUUGGAACUCACUUCUUCGAGACUGUAGCCUCAACUUUGGAUUGGUUGACGGAGGGUUAGGCAGGUCAGGUUCUGGAUCUCGAAAAGGUGGAUGGGGUGUUGGGCUCAAUCUGGGUCAGAUGCGGGGAAUGAAGAGGUGA